AUGCCGCGGACGAAUACUUCGGGCACUCUUCGCCGACGGUUCGAGGCCGUCGCGAAACGGAUCGCAGAGGCUUUCGACGAUGCCGCUCCUUUUGUAGAAGACAAGGGGUCCAGGACGGGAGUCGAGUUGGAAACGGCCAUCGCCAUCGACGAGGAUCUACGGAUCCUUCUCAAAACUUUCGAGGAGACCGUGGAGGCGUUCCUCGAGGCGCUGGCGCAUCUCGAAGACACGGCUGACGAACGGCAUCGUGUGCAAGAAGAAGGCGACAAAAUCCUAUCGAAGGGGGCAAGGACGCUGCGCGCCUUGGUGGUUGUUGUCAACCUGUCGAAGAGGCCAACGGAAUCGUCGUCGCCUACGUCGGAUCCUG